ACCCCAUAUGGAUGUGAAGAACGGGGCCCUAACAUGUCGUGUGAAGGGGGACUGGUUGGGCAAAAACAUGGCGGCCCCCAUGGAAUACCACAUGAAAGUCGGCUGGAUGUAAACAUUGGACUAGACGAUACUUUUAGAGAUAAAAAUAAUGAUUUGAGUUCAAUCCAGUCUUCGGGAGAUAGUCAGAUAAUUCAAGAUGGCGUCGGAAUCGACGGGAAAAAUGUCGCCGAAGAUAACUUGCAUUUUUUGUCGGCUGAUGAUGACUUGGAUAGUUACGAGAGAGCUGUUGUGGAAAACAAUGCCGAAUGGUUGAAAUCACGAUGUAGGAAUCUUGAAACUGUUGACUUUGAUAUUACCAGUAGCAAUCAAGAUGAUGCUAGUGUGGGUGACUUGUUUGACAGCGACCCGCUGCCUGAUGAUGGAGCUAUUUCGCUUCCCGAAACCGACAGUGCAACCAUUCCUCUCUCAGACGGAGAACUCAAUUUUACUCGCCAACUUUGUGAGGGACAGGCCACCGGAUUGACCGUCCCCUCAAUAUGUGUGUCAAAUGUAAAUGUCCUUCAAACACAAGACCGUGAUGCACUCGAUGAACUUACAAGCCCAAACCUAAGUAUGGAGAGCAAACAACUAAACGUGCAAAAUUUGGGGUUACAGAUGGACUCGGAUAGGAACAACACAUUGAUGACUCCCCAGGAAUUAGAAAGCAUGCCUGACAGGGGCAUCGAAUUUGAGGAGUCUGUUGGACCGAAAAGUGAUGCAAUUCAAAUAGUCCAUAUCGAAGAUGGAUCAAAUUUUAAAGGCAUUGGAAGUGACUUUGGGAAGUGCCAAUUAACGCAAUCAUUGACAUCCAUGUUAGAUGGGAAAACUAAAUUAGUUGACACUUCUCUUUUGAAUAGAGCUAAUGUAGAAACCCCAAAUCAAAGUGUAUCUGAUGGGCAAAAGUCGGGGGACUUAGGGCAGUCAUUGUCACAGCAAAUUGUAGCACCAGCAGAGGCUUAUGUUCCCUGUGAGGGCAAUCUGAAACUUGCAACAAUAUCUAUUUCCACUGACAAAAUGUCCAAUUCUACCCAAAUUCUAGUCAACACAAACCAGGGUCAGCAGCUCUACCACAUAAACACUGCAGACCUGACACAAGCUACAAAUGCACUGGAGCCACUGUCGCGACCAAAUGCACUACAGCAUGUGGUUAGUGAUCCUGGGCAGAUUAAAACAGUCCAGCAGAUGGACACUAAUGUUGUAGCACCAGUCCAGACAGGCUAUUUGAUUCUGCCCACAUCUGACUAUGAAAAGCUGAACUUGCAGAAUGGAAUCCUGAUGUCAUCCCCAUUGGGAACAAUCAGUGGCAAUGUCAUCCCACAAGCACCACAGAUUCAUCUACAACAGCUACCAGAUGUCCAUAUGGGUUCCAUGGCAGGUCAGGGACCACCCAGAAAGUACUACAUGUGUGGGGAAAGGGGUUGUGAGAAGAUCUUCAAAAAAUUGUCCAAGUUCCGUGUCCAUCAAAUGAGGCAUACAGGAGAAAGGCCUUUCAAGUGUUCAAAGCCAGGCUGUGAAUGGGCAUUUACAACAUUGUAUAAACUGAAGCGACAUGGAGAAUCUCAUCAAGGGAAAAAAGAUUUUAUAUGUGAUGUGGAAGGCUGUGAUAAGAAAUUUACAACUGUGUAUAACCUGAACUCCCACAAACGACUCCAUGAGCGUCCAUGUGUGGAACAGUGUACAGAAGAAGGAUGCAAUGAGAAAUUCCCGACCAAGAGACAACUCGACCUUCAUAUGAAGUGCCACAGUGGCAUGGAGAAAACUUACAAGUGCCCAGUGGAGGGAUGUGAUAAGACCUUCUUCUCUGCCCAUUGUAUGGGCUCUCAUCCCCGUGUUCAUACACAGGAACGCGAAGACCUUACUUGUAAGUUUGAAGGAUGUGGUAAAGUGUUUGACAAGAUAUGUCGUCUGAAGCAGCAUAUGCGAAGUCACACAGGAGAGAAGCCUUACAUUUGUCGAUAUGAGGGCUGUGGUUGGGCAUUUGCAACUGCAAGUAAACUGAAGCGUCACCAGGCAAAGCACACAGGCCUGCGGAAGUUUUUCUGUCAACAGUGUAAUAAAGGUUUCAUGCGGGCAGAGCACCUCAAGGGCCACAUGAUGACACACUCUGGGGAAAAGCCAUAUGCCUGUCCUGUUGAAGGUUGUACAGUAAAGUUUACGGCCAAAAGUAGUCUGUAUGUCCAUAUGAAGAAGCAUGAACAAUCAGAGGAGAAAAUAAUUUACCACUGCCCAAUGGAUGGAUGUCGAAAGAAAUAUUCAAACAAAGUCGCACUGCGUCAGCACAUCGUAAAACAGCAUAUUUCAGCAAACAGUGAUGUUUCACAAAUGGAUUUCACCACACUUCUCAUCGGUGGCUUUCAGACAGAUGAAGAAAUGGCGGAGGCUCAGGCGGCCAUUGCUGUUUCCUCAGUCAGCACAACCAUGCCGAAUGACAGCCUAGAAUCUCCCAACACAAUACUCAUUGACCCAUCAGAGUUCAUCACCACCACUGCCACAGUAGCGAAUGCUGAAGAUGAGACGGGCACGAUGCAACAAAUCAGUCCUGCUGUUUUGAACCAGCUUUUGUCUUCUGUUGACCAGCCAACAACAUCCACUGACCAACCUCAGGAGACCUCCCCUAAAAUACACAUUGCCAUCAAUUCUGAAGCAGAAUCUUCAUCUGGCCGGGUACUGCAGGAAAACAACAGUGGAUCAGCCAGAACAGAUUUCCGUAGCAACCAUCUCCUGAGUGACAGAGCACGAAAGCGACGACAAUUGCUACGAGAGAUGUCCUCAGUAGGAGUUGACCAGUCCUCAUUCCAAGAGACAACAAAUGACCAACAGAGCAAUUUUAAUGUGCCAACUUCCACCGUGUCAUACUCUUCAUCAAACAGUAUGACAUCAAGGGGGAUAACCUUUCGGGAUCCAGAGACUGGGGUUUUAUAUGUACAGACUCAACUGUUACAGGAUGACCCUCCAACCCCUGACCUUUAUUCUGAGGAGGCUGCCUUAGGAUCUGAUCUUUCAUCACUCAACGAUUCCUCAAGUAGUGACAUCACUCAGCAUAAUUUACAAACAGUGGAGUUUGUGACAGGUUCCACAAUUAACCUGCAAGAUCUGGCAUAGUUGGAACAGGAACAAUGAUCAAGAAAGACAGUUUUCUGUAUCAAUAUAUAAAAAUCUCAAAACAGCAUACAUAUUGUAAUUAUUGCUGCUUAAGCAACUGUUUGGUAGCACCCUGGUAAAAGCGAUUGAUGAUGCAUUGUUUAAGAUAUCAAAAUUCAAUUUUAAAAAUGUUUCAUAUUGAACAAGUUAUUUGUCAGUGUUUGUGAAUUUCAAAAAUAAUUUUUGAGAGCUUUCAAGAAUGAAAGCAUCUGACUUCCUCAGUUUGGAGAAACAAAGUGGAGUCUGUAAGAUGCCUUGAGGCCAAAACUUAGUCUUUGGAUGCUGAAAUGUCUACUGGACAGUGCUAGAUAUAAGUCAGCUUGUUGACAAGCAUUUACUGUUGCCAGAUGUAUUUGGUUUUCUUCACUCAGAUUAAAAUGUCAUGAUCAAUUGUAGUGCUUAUUCAGAGAAUAUAUCUUCAUUUCUAAAUAAUAUGUUAAAAGUUUUUAAUUAAUGAUUAUUAAUGAAGCUGAUACUAUUUAACAAAUGGCUAACUUUAUUAAUAAAAAUAUUUCAGACAAUUUUUUGUGUCUCCACUAAAUGGUUUUGGUAAAAUGGGGAUUUCUUAAAUGUUUAAGAAUGUAAUCCAUAUCUUGAAGGCCCUUUUUCAUGGCAAAGUGAGAGGUACAGAGAUCUGUGGUUACUUCUUCUAAGUUACUGCUGGGAUUUGGUCAUAAGUAUGUUUGGGGAAGAGAACAAAUUUUCCAUAUAAAUGUUAGGUCUCUGCUCCCAGGCGUCUGAGGGGCAGAGCACAGAAAAGGAAAUUUUUAAAUCCUACUCGUCUUGCUGGAUGGAUUGGAUUUUGCACAAAUUUGAUCUGAAGCAUUCUUGGAUGAAUGAAGUCAGAUUUGAAUAAAUAUUAGGUUGUGGUCUUCUGGGGUGGGACAAGGAUCAAGGUCCAAUAAAAGAAAAAGAGCAAAAUCUUUAAAUCCAUUUUCCUCAUAAGAGUGCAGGAUUCAUUCCCAAUUUGGUCUGAAGUAUCAUGGUACUAAAUGGGAUUAAUUAUCUCCCCCCCCCCCUUUUCUCUCUCUCUCUCUCUCUCUCUCUCUCUCUCUCUCUCUCUGCCUGUGGUGUGGGGCACAACAAUAGGUUCCAAAAAAUCCUUCCGUUCAAGGAUAUGGUUGAGAUUUGGUCUGAAGCAUUCUUGGAUAAAAAAACAGUAAAUCAUAUGGCAACAAGUUUGACUGAAUAGCUGAAUUAGCGAAGUGAGUGAUACAGGCUUCUUGACACAGGUGAUGCCUCAUGUUAUGUUAAGCAGAGUAAUUACUUCAAUAAAUUUAAUGAAAAGACUGUCUUAGCAUUUAAGAAAGAAAUGCUGGAGAAAACUGACUUCAAACAAUAACAAAUAACAUGUCGUGUGAGCCAUUUAUCUAUCGGGGCUAUUUCAGUAAAACAUACAUUUUAUCCUUGGAAAUACCCAGUAAAAGAUUUCUGUUGGUUCAGUUUCUUCCAUGUGACGGGCCUCCACAAUGUUGUUCAUUGGGGGAAACACCAGCUACUAGGACACCCUGCCUCAAAACGAGCAUGCUAUUCACAAUAAAGCCAAAGAAGAAGCUAAGGGUGGUACCCCUAAACAAAAUUUGGAGUAAUGGGAUUGGAUAAAUGAGUAAAAUAGCCAGUCAUGUGAUAAUUUUUUAUGUAUCAUUUUUCUUGCAUUUAACUAGCAUUUGGAACAUGAAUAAAGAAUAUCAGUAUUAAUGUGUAUGUAUGGCAGCUGGUGAGUGUGGAGUGCUACAUCAAGUGAUCAUGUUAAUAACAUUUAAAGAAUAAACGUAGGAGAUUCUACUUCUCCAAUGCUUCACUACAGCAUGGCUUAUCACACAUCAGAUACUGUUAUGUACUGGAAAAUCAUAUAUUUUUGUGAUACUUAAAAAAAAAAGGCUUUUCUGUGGCACUUGAUUUCAUGGAUAAAUUUUAUUCAUGAUAUCCAUUAAAUGUUAGAAACUAAAAAUCGAAGUCAGUGAUUUUUGGGACUCGGGUGUUUGACUCCUGGACUUGUGAUUUUCUGAUGGGACUGUCAUAAUCAGUUGUCAAAAUUUUGGAAAAAGUGUUCUGGUCUCAGUUAAAAAAAUCCUACAAAAAUGACUUUCUCAAUCAUAACAUGUAUUAUUUAAUGAACAUAUGACUUCAUAGAUUAAUAGUACCCAUGAAAAAAAUAAAGAACAUGAUUUUGUAAUAUGUACUUUGUAUAUGGUAAUUAAUGUUUAUGUAUUAUGCCUUUAAAGAAUGUUAAUGUAUGACUUUAAUCAAAGAUGACUUAGUUAACAAAAUAUAGGAUUUUAUAACAAAAUAUAGGAUUUAUAAAAUGUUCAGCCAAACAAAAAAUGGUUACUUAAACGGAAGAGUAGGUGGAAGUUGAUGAAAUUUCUACUUUUCUAAAUAACUUGGAAUGGUUAAAAAAGUAAAGAAUUAUUAUUGCUUGAUUAGCACUAAAAUCUGGAGAAGUCAGACAAAGCAGAUGCACAUUUUUUUCCAUUUUGUGUGUGUUUGAAGGAAAGUUUACUGAACUAGUUUGAGGCUCGCCAAAUGUUUGAAUUGUUGAAGAAUCAUUUGGUGUAUUCUGAAUGGAAACAAGUAAAUUAUACUUAAAUUUGGAUUAAGUAUUGUAAACGAGGAAGAAAUGAUUUAUCAAGAUGUUGGCUAUAAGUGCACGAUUGUUACACUUGCACGUUUAAAUACCUAGUGUACCUAGUAGUAAAGCUGAUAUGUUUUAGCUUCCUAAUUAUUGUGUAGUAUGAACUUAACUAUAUAUGUAAUACAUGGGUAGAACAGGUUCUGUAAUGUGUGCUGUACUAGAUAGACAAUAUUUUGAUAUUGUAUAUUGUAUGAAUUCCAGUAAAACUCUGUACUGUGUAGUAUAUGAUUGUUAAAGUGUGUUAUACAACUUGUUUUUGAAUCAAAGAAUGGAUGAUCUGUGUAAAAGUAUUUUUAAGUAAGAAUGUCUACUUCUAGGUCAGAAGUUGUGUCAUUAAAUGGUGCUUGGAAGCAUUUCAAUAUAA